GAGCUGCACUGCUUCGCUACAGCGGGGACGUCUGUCGGCGCUUAUGGCUAAUUUCUGACUGUCAGCUCUUCAACUGAAGCCGAAGAUCCCGUGGCCUUUUGGCGUCAGUGCAGUGCAGGUGUUGACUCUUUGUAGCCAAAUAAGGAUCAAGUGUUAUGGAUGAACCAUGAAGGCCCAAUUGCAAGUCACAGUCCUCUCAGCCAAGCUGAAGGAGAACAAAAAGAACUGGUUUGGCCCCAGUCCAUAUGUUGAGGUGGCCGUGGACGGCCAGUCAAAGAGGACUGAGAAAUGCAACAACACAUACAGUCCCAAAUGGAAGCAGGCUCUCACCGUAAUUGUGACUCCCGUCAGUAAGCUGAUUUUUCGUGUUUGGAGUCAUCAGACUCUAAAGGCAGACAUCCUGCUGGGGAUGGCAACUCUGGAGAUUAAACAGACCCUUAAAUCUAAUGAUCUUAAAUUGUGUGAGGUGGUGCAGACACUGCUGCUGUGCUCUGACAGAGAUGCCAAGGAUAUUGUGGGUGACCUUUCCGUCUGUCUGGAUGGCAUGCAGGUAGACCCAGAAGUUUUUGCACUGGCAGAGAGAGAACAAGCUUCUCGGCCAAACGGAAAUGCAAAACAAAACGGCAACACAGGCAACAGAUCGAGCCGGGACACAUCUCCAUCCAGUGAUUCUGACGAGUGGGUCAUUGUACCUAAUAGCCUUACUGUCAACGGCACAAGUUCCUCUUCCUCUCCAUCUCCAGGGAGCUGCAACUCUUCACGACCUCCCCGGCCGGCCAGGCCUCCCCCUCCACAGCCUCACAGACCUGCAGCCUCGCCAAGCUCUUCCAGUAGUUCUUCACCUACUGAGUUGAGCGAAGCCCCAGCUUCUGAUGGCUCCUCUCAGGCAUCCGCAAGCGGGUGUUCAGACCAGCCAGAUGAGGCAGGUGCAGGAACGGCAACUGCAGUUUCAUCACAGACGGCAAAUCCCAAGCCACAGACCACAGCCAUAAACCACAGCCCCAAACCAGGUGCUGCUGCCACAACAGCUUCAGCAACUCCCAGAAUCGCUCCCAUCAACGGCCCCAUACCACCAGGGUGGGAGCAAAGAGUGGACCAGAAUGGACGGGUAUAUUAUGUGGACCAUAUUGAGAAAAGGACGACCUGGGACAGACCUGAGCCUCUGCCUACAGGAUGGGAGCGAAGAGUGGACCCGAUGGGUAGAGUCUAUUACGUUGACCACAUAACACGAACUACAACGUGGCAGAGACCCACACAGGAGUCGGUGCGCAAUUAUCAGGAAUGGCAGAGCCAGCGUAGCCAACUCCAGGGUGCAAUGCAGCAGUUUAACCAGAGGUUCAUUUACGGGUUUCAAGACCAGUUAGCAGCCACAGCCAAUAAAGAGUUCGACCCGCUGGGACCUCUUCCUCAUGGUUGGGAGAAAAGAACGGACACCAAUGGCAGAGUUUAUUUUGUUCAUCACCCAACACGGUCGACACAGUGGGAGGAUCCGAGGACACAAGGGCUGCUAAAUGACAAGCCCCUGCCCGAAGGGUGGGAGAUGAGGUUCACGGUGGAUGGAAUUCCUUAUUUUGUAGACCACAAUAGGAGAACGACAACAUACAUUGACCCUCGCACUGGAAAAUCCUCACUUGAGAAUGGGCCACAAAUAACGUAUGUCAGGGAUUUCAAAGCCAAAGUGCAAUACUUCAGGUUCUGGUGUCAGCAAUUAUCAAUGCCACAACAUAUUAAGAUAAACGUCACCAGGAAAACCUUGUUUGAAGAUUCAUUUCAGCAGAUCAUGAGUUUCCAUCCUCAAGACUUAAGACGGAGAUUAUGGGUAAUUUUUCCAGGAGAAGAAGGUUUGGACUACGGUGGUGUAGCAAGGGAAUGGUUCUUCUUGCUGUCUCAUGAAGUCCUUAAUCCCAUGUACUGUUUGUUUGAGUACGCUGGCAAAGACAACUAUUGUCUUCAGAUCAACCCGGCUUCUUACAUCAACCCUGAUCACCUCAAGUACUUCAAGUUCAUUGGGCGGUUCAUUGCCAUGGCCCUGUUCCAUGGAAAGUUCAUCGAUACAGGGUUCUCGCUGCCCUUCUACAAACGUAUACUCAACAAACCCCUGGCACUUAAAGAUCUGGAGUCCAUAGAUCCAGAAUUUUAUAAUUCCCUCAUUUGGAUCAAGGACAAUAACAUAGAGGAGGUUAGUCUGGAGAUGUUCUUCUCAGUUGACAAAGAGAUCUUGGGCGAGGUCACCCACCAUGAACUAAAACCCGAUGGAGGAAACAUCCAAGUGACUGAGGAGAAUAAGGAGGAAUAUAUCAGGUUGGUGGCAGAGUGGAGGCUCUCCAGGGGUGUGGAGGAGCAGACUCAGGCGUUCUUUGAGGGCUUCAAUGAAGUUCUUCCCCAACAGUACCUUCAGUACUUUGACGCUAAGGAACUGGAGGUGAUGCUCUGUGGGAUGCAGGAGAUCGACCUGGUGGACUGGCAAAGAAGCACAAUCUACAGACAUUACACCCGAAGCAGCAAGCAGAUCCUGUGGUUCUGGCAGUUUGUGAAGGAGAUGGACAACGAGAAGAGGAUGAGACUCCUGCAGUUUGUCACGGGAACCUGUCGUCUUCCUGUCAGUGGCUUUGCUGAUCUGAUGGGCAGCAAUGGCCUGCAGAAGUUUUGCAUUGAGAAAGUGGGCAAAGAAAACUGGCUUCCACGAAGCCACACAUGCUUUAAUCGCCUGGACCUCCCUCCCUACAAGAGCUACGAGCAGCUGAAGGAGAAACUCCUGUUCGCCAUAGAGGAGACGGAAGGAUUUGGGCAGGAAUAGUCCAGCCCGAGCUCAACCUUUUUGUACGGAAUAAAGCAGCGGAGGGCUUGAGCGAGUCCCGCCCACUCAAUUCUACCUGCGGCUUGGAGAUGCUUACGGUCUGGUUGAUAAUUGCUUGUUGCAAAAGCAUAUUUAUAGACAAAUUCAAACCUGGUUAACCAUUGAUAAAUUUUGCACAAUUCUCCACACCCUGUCACCUUUUGUGCGACCUAUUCCUCCCUAUUGUGCCCUCCAUCUGGCAUUGGAGACGAAAGCGAUGCCUUUCUCACUUUGACGUGUCUGCACUCGCUGUAUGUUGAGCAAGCGGAGUUUCUUGACGUGCAACUGUGAUUGCGUGCAUUAGUCAUCUGUUAAGAGCCUCCUUGUUGAAUCUGUGAACCAAAACAGUGCCGGAGCAGAGAAAUAUGUUCAUUUUUUUUUUAAAGCAACAUCAUAUUUCUUUGUGCUUUUUGAGUCAUUGAUGUUUUAAUCUUUCUGUUAAUUGCAGGAUUAAGUAAUGUCUAUUUUAUUUCUAAUAGUUAACUGUUCUGACUCCUGUAGCACAAAUGCAGUGUUUUAAUUAACUCCGAUAAAUGUGAUAAUCCAAUGGUAAACUUUCUCUAAUUUUGGCAAAAGCUUGUUUCUUUUUUUUUUUUAUUAUUAUUAUUAUCACAAUGAGUUACAAGCAAACUAGUUUGCACACGGUUAUGAGUGGUAAUGUUGUGAAUGUUUUCAAGAGAGGCUAUUUUUAUGUGCAAUAGUUUUGUAGAAACCCCUUUUUUUUUGCCAAAAAAGUCACACGAUUUGUUUGAUCAGUUUCUAGAAGUAAGGUAUUAAAGGUCAGUUUACCUUUUGAUUUAAAUUUCAAUAUGACAAAGAAAACAUUGAAGUUCUUUAAAGUGUAUUUGAAGAGACUCCUAUCACUGUCAUUUGAUUUGAGUAAAAUCCCUCCCCCGUAAUAAGAUGCUGCUGUAAAUAUGUUCACAUAGAGCACGAAUACUCAUUUCAUUAUCAGUCAGGAAGACAGAAACUGUAAAGGUUGUUUUUUUUUUUUUUUAAUUAUCAUUAGUGUUAUUAUUAUUACAGGCUGAUACUCAUGACGUGGGAUGGAUUGGGGUGUUCAAUUUCAGAAAUCAUGAAUUGUUGAAUGCUCAUGUAUUCCCACUGAAUGGUAGCCAGUUUUUAACUGGUUGUCUAAAGCAAAAUUAUAGUCCUUUUUUAUAGUGUUAAAUUCAGUCCACUGCAACUUAAAAAUGGCUACGUAGUUGUCUUAGUUUACUUGUGUUGAAGGCCACUGAAUAUCCAAGAUAAGUUAUGAGGAUGUUGACUUUAGACUUCUAAUAGUUAAAUCUUUGAUGUCACUGAUGCAGGCCUUGUAAAUACACUUACAAAGUAUUUUUAAAAGUUUUAUGUCAUUAUAUAUCCAUCAUCCAAACAGAGGGGACCCCAUUGAGUUGCAGGGAAGGAGUGAGAUUUAUAGUAAAAGAAUACCACGGGCCACUUUAGAGGGUGCACCUCUUAGAUUCUUCACGUAGACAUUUUCCAAAAAUUCCCUUUAUAUUUGAAUAUUUUACUUUUUACUUUUAGUCACUUAAGGAAGGAGCUUAUUGCCCUCAUCUAAGCCUUUUGAGGGCAGUUUUAAAAGUCUCCAGGAUAUACGAGCUGUAAACUUUUCAGUCGUCGUCACCAUUGAGUUAGUCAACAUUGAUACUUGACAUUAUUGUACAGAAUGUAAAUGUGAAGGGUAGCUCUGCUUUCUCAGCUUUAGAUCCAGAAUUUCAACAAGUUCAAAAGCUGAUCACUGAUUCCCCUGAAUUCAGUGUUGAUAGAUCAGUUGUCUUAAGUCUUGCUUCGUUUAUUUUCUGCACUAAAAGUUAAGAAUUGUGACAAGAUGCUUUUUAAUAAUCCAGUGUCCCAUUAUGUAUAAAAGAUCUGUUAAGUAGCCACCGUGGGAGGGAAAUGAGAUUUUUGGAGGUUAGCAGUAGCUCCUUGAAAAAUCCCUUGUGUGGGCAUUCCACACUGUGCUUUGCUCUUUGGUGACGCAGACUACAAACAACAAUACAAUAACAAAUACAGUUUACUGGCACAACAAAUGGCAGGCAGAAACAACUUUUUUUUUUAAUUUUUAUUAUGAUGAUGAGAAUCUGAAAGGGUUAACAGGUUAACUGGGAUGGAUUUGAAUUCUUUCAGUGUGCUUCUGGAGGCCCCUCAUUGCUUAAGCAGAUCUAAAUUUGUCAUGUGGAAUGGUGAAUUACACAACUCUCCAAGCUUUAAAUUGUGAUUAGUGUGUAUGUGUGUGUGCGUGUGUGUGUGUUGGGGUGUGUAUUUGAUUUGAAUGCAACAUGUUUCCUGCACAAGCAAGUUUCCUUUAAGUUCCCUUUUCUUUUCUAUUUUUACAUAGCAGUCUUAAAUUUCACUCAUGAAUAAACCAUGUGAUCUUGUCAUUUUUAUAAUGUCAAUAUUGAUUCUUCAUCAGGGGUUUCUGGUUGUUCUCACUGACUGAAUCUCUCCUUCGCCGAGUCGGUGCACUGUCAAAUACUGUGCCAUUUCAUGCUCUGUCCUCAACUGUCCAGUGUCCAAAAACGUGAUCUCACAUGUGUUCCCCUACUCGUAGUAAUUCAGUUCAAGCACAACUAAGAACUCAUUGUGUGGCUACUGGUAUGCACAGUAAUGUAGAGAUUAGUAUGAAAAAUUGUUGACCAUUUGAUAUUUUAACAGGCUACAACAGCAGCACAUGGACACUCCAGCUGAUUGAACUAACCACUUGUCUCUUUACUACCACUGCGUUCCAGGUCAUGGAGCAGAUGAAUAUAUGGAAAUAUGCAAAAAGUGUAUUUUAGUUGUACUGAUUACAUUGUAAUUCAAUGUUCAUAGUCUAAUCACUUUUUUUUUUUAAGCUCUUGACUUUUUGAUGAAACAAAGUCAAUGGGUAAUUAUUAUUUAUUAGGAGGAUGAGUUUCAUGUAUCAAUAAACUGGAUUGAUGAAGAAAAUAAAAUAAUGAAAUGCUUUGACUGAU